AUGGCCGAUUCAUAUGAGGAUAUAGAAGAGCGCGUAGAAUUGGCUGUACAAGAUAUUCUCGCUGCGCGUGAGGAGGGAGAGCAUCUUACCAUCACAGAAAAGGCGCAGGAGUAUGAUGUGAGCAGAUUUCGUAUCUCGCGUCGAUUAAGAGGGAUAGGACCACGUAUGGGUCGAAAACCAAAGAAUAAUCGACUAUCAGAGGUGCAGGAGCAAGCUCUCCUGCGAUAUAUCUUAUCUUUGGACGAAAUAGGGCAUUCGAUACACUAUGAUCAGAUCAGCAAGGUUGCAAAUAAUAUGCUCAGAGCAGAUAACGAUUCUACGUCAUCUAUUGUGCUCGAAAAGAUCACAGAAUAUCUACCUCCUCCUCCUCCUCCUCCUCCUCCUUUACGACCUUCUACACCUCCUGAGAACGAAAUUCUACUUCCUACUACUCCUUUAAGCGCUCGAGCACUCAAAAAGCAAGCUAUUCAGCUAGAAAACGCAACUCCAAGUCGUCAGAAAUUGAUACAAGAGAAAUUCAUCAAAGGCGCUCUAAUCCAGGCUAAGACUGCCGUACAAGUUCAGAAGGAUUUAGAGGCUUCUACUGCAGCUGAAAGAGAGCGAAAAGAACGAAGAUCUCAAUCUCAACGUCAGCUACAAAAAGGAGGAGUUCUAUUGGCAUCACAAGCUCGAAAUAUGGUUACACAGCGCGUAGAAGAGGGUGGCACACAGCUUCAAAGGGCCCUGUGGCGAGAAGAAGCCCUACGAAAAGAGUUGGAAGAUGAGCGCCGCAAGCUCUCAAAUUUGCAGUGGAGCGUUGAAAAUGGCUUCCCUCUUGUUGAGGAGCAAUAG